UUUUCGUUAGAACCCGACUCUGUAUAUAUAUAUAUUCUAAAUAUAGUAUAUCAGGGAACCUUUUCUGGACAACAAAUCAACAAUGGUAACUGGUACGUUGUCAUUUGGUACUGAUACUCAAUCUGGUGUAACGUGAGGCAAUUAACACUGAAAUAAUCACGAAAUUAAUACAGGGAAAGCUUUCCUUGCUAUAAAUGGCGGUAAAUCGAUGAUCGGCCAAAAGGGGCUAUUUAUACCGAUCCCAAAUUAACGAACUAUCCAUCUCCCACACGAUCAAUUAUAUAGAUGCCGUCGCUAGAGAUAGAUGAGCCGUUGACCCCCGCCGGCCGGCUGUUUCUCCAACCGGAGAUGAGCCAAAUUAUACACGCAGUCGCCGGUGUCAAGAAUCCGUUUGAUGUAGACGCCGUUAAAUCGGCCUUCGCGGACUCUCUGCUGGUCAAACACCCAAGAUUUAGCAGCCUGAUGGUCAAAGAUUCCGGCGGGCGCGAAAGCUGGCGGAGAACCGAAGUCAACAUCCACGACCACUUCCUCAUCCUCCGGGAGCCUCUCACUGGCGACCGAUCCGUGUCGGACGAGGACGCGGUCAACGAUUACCUCGCCGACCUCUCCGUCUCCACGCCGCUCUCCUUCGACAAGCCACUCUGGGAAUUCCACCUCCUUCUCGCCCAUAAAUGCGCCGUUCUCAGAAUCCACCACGCCCUCGGUGAUGGGAUUUCAAUCAUGUCUCUUUUCCUGUCUUGCUGCCGGGAAAACAACAGUUCCGGCCAGCCGCCGUCAGUUGGUGGGGUCGGAGCGGGACGGCGGCGGAGGUGGGGCCUCAAGGAGGUGGCGAGGGUGGUGUGGUACACGGUGGUGUACGUGUUGGAGUUUAUACUGAGGAGUCUGUGGCUGAAGGAUAAGAAGACGGCUCUGAGCGGCGGGGCUGGGGUGGAGCUCUGGCCGCGGAAGUUGGCCACCGCUAAGCUUACUAUUAACGACAUGAAAACAGUUAAGAAUGCUGUUGCUGACGCGACCAUCAAUGAUGUACUUUUCGGAGUCAUUGCAUGUGGGUUAUCAAGGUACCUUGCCAUCAGAUCCUCCAAAGAAUUAAAGGAUGGCCUCCAGAUCACUGGUCUUGCGAUGGUAAAUUUACGACCACAACCGGGACUUCAGGAUAUGGCGGAGCUGAUGAGUAGCGGUAAAUCGGGUACCCGGUGGGGUAACAAAUUUGGGUAUAUGCUCUUGCCUGUGUAUUACUUUCACAAGGCUUCCAAUGAUCCUCUGCACUUUGUCAAGAGAGCCAAAUCUAUGAUUGACAAAAAAAAGCUAUCCUUAGAAGCCCUUUGCUCCUACCGAAUUGGCAAUUUCGUCAUGUCUUUCCUUGGUGUUAAGGUGGCGAGCAUGCUCAACUAUCGGAUCAUAUGUAACACAACGUUCCUAAUUUCAAAUGUGAUUGGCCCACAAGAAGAGAUCUUCAUUGCAGGCAACCCUAUCACCUACAUCAGAACAAUCACAUCAAGCUUGCCUCAUGCGAUCACAAUACAUAUGGUGAGCUAUAAUGGGAAGGCAGACCUGCAAAUCUUGGUUGCCAAAGACAUCAUCCCUGACCCCAAGAUUCUAGCUAGGUGUUUUGAAGAUGCUUUGAUGGCAAUGAAAAAACAAACUGGAGCUGAACAAUCCACACCGCAUCCAUGCGAACAAAUAACAUCGUAGAUGUCGUCGACCAUCAUCUAAAUCCAUUAGACCACCUACUGAAUUUAGUAACUAUACUGUAAUUAAUACAAUAAUGUUAAUUUAUAAUUUAUUGUAAUACUUUGAUAAAAAUGUACCCAUGCAAAUAUAUUGAGCCAAAUUACCGAGCUAGACCGGUCAGCUUGGAAGAGUUUAAUUAAGAGUAAAACCGUUUUCAAAUUCCAAAA